AUGGCUGUGAGGGAGACGGCGGCGGCUCUCCCAGGGCCCGAGAGGGACGAGGAGGCGGCGCUGCUCUUCGAGAGGGCCCAUUACCGGCACGACCCGCGCUGGCUGCUGCCGGUGCCCCCGCGCCUCUGCCUGGCCUGCGCGCUGGAGCUGCUGCCGGAGCCCGGCGUGUCGUUGGUACGCAAGAAACAUGUGUUGUCCUGUUUCCGAGAUGCCCUCAUGAGGCACACCUCCCUCAUCACGCAGCUGGUGGCUCAGGACCAGAGAGUCUGCAUCCACUUCAUAAGCACACUUUUUGGACUGUUAUGCAGCACAGAAGAUGGGAGUGCAACAGACCUCUGUAUUGAAGUCCUUAUCCAGCUUAUAAUGCAGCUGAAGCUGGAGCAGACCAUCCACUGCCUGCUGGAUGAGUGCCACAGAGAGCUGUGUAACGUGCCUUCCAUGCGAGGUAGCCUGGCCAUCCUGACCCUUCUUGGCAAGUUGGUGGAUGCCAUCCCUGCUCUGGCAGAUAUGCUUGUAAUGGAGCAUGGCAACCUGAUGGAGCAUCUGUUGAGAGGUCUGGUGUACCCCAACGAGGGGGUGCAAGCUUCUGUCUGUUACCUCUACGGGAAGCUGUAUGCUGCACCAAUGGCAGCCGAGAUGCUUUCCAGCCACUUCCGGGAGAAACUGUGUCCCCUCUUCCUUUCUACCCUGGACAGUGCCCAGACAAAGGAGCUACAGAUCAACUGCUUGGGUUUGCUGAGGCAGCUGCUGAAGUAUGACCUCUUUGUGACCAUGAUCAUGAACAAAUCUGCACUGCCAGAAAGUGCUGAGAGUGUCGAGGGGCUGCCACGAGAGACCUCACUGCCUUUGGUGCUCAAAAAGCUUCUCCUGUCUAGAGAUGAGACUCUGCAGGUGGCCAGUGCCCACUGUAUAACUGCGGUGCUGGUCCACUCCCCAGCGAAGCACGCCCCAGCCUUUAUCCAUGCCGACAUCCCAGAGUUCCUCUUUGAGCGUCUCUCCUCUUCCAGCGAAGUGCUUGUCUGGUCCGUGUACAGCUGCUUGAUACUCCUGGCUGAAGAGCCGCUCUUCUUCUCCAAGUGCCACACGGUGUACGGCAUCGAGUCGGUGGUGAGGAGCCUACAGGGCAGCCUGAAGGUGAACAACGCUGAGCUGCACAAGCAGGGCCUGCUGCUCUUUGCUGAGAUCCUGACUCGGCAGCCAGAGGAGAUCAAGCUGUUCACAAGCUCAGCCAUGUGCCGAGAUGCAAGCCGUGCCCUGCAGGAGGCAGUGAGCAGCCCCGUGCUGGAGGUGGCAGCUGAGGCAGUGAAGGCCGCUUCAGCGUUUCUGAGGAAGGACCACCAGAGCUCUCCACCAGUGCAGUACAGGGAACUGCGGACCCUGGUCGAAGCCAUGCUGAGCCGGUGUGCGGAUCUUUCCCAGACUCCGCUGAACAGGAGACCCCUGGGCCACGCCUCCACUAGAGAUUUGGAGAAGGCCAUUGUGCGAAGGGGAAAGUUCCUCCUGAGCACUCUGGAGGGAUUUCGGAGUGCCUGCAGGUUGGCUGUGGAAUUCCAGAGCGAGCCUUUGGCCCAGGAGAAUCCGUUCACAGCUCCCGGUGCCGAGAAAGAAGACACCUUGGAGGCCUUCUCAGAAUUUCUCCUCAGUGCCUGUGACUCCUUGUGUGUCCCCAUGGUGAUGAGGCACUUGGAGCAGGCCACCCACCCAGCCCUGAUGGAAGUUUUCUUCUCGACGCUACACAACCUCUUUGUCAUUGUUCCCCACAUGAGAGAGAAGUUCUCCAAAAAGCUUGCUGCCUCAUCCUUCAUACAACUGACGCUGGAGCUGAAGGCCAGGUUCUGCAGUGGCCUGAGUCACUCAGCCCUAAACCAGGUGUGUUCCAGUUUCCUUUACUACAUGUGUCUCAACCUCCUCUCUGCUCCAGAGAAGACAAGACCACCUUCCCAAGAAGAACUCUCUGCAGCAUCUGAGCUUCUGCAGCAUGGGCUGCCCCAGAUAAACAGCAGGGGCCCCGAAAGCCUUGCCUUCCUGUCCGAUUGCCAGUAUGUGGAGGGACCUGAUCGAAAGAGACAGUAUUGCAUCCUGAUUCUCUUCUACCUGGCCUACAUCCAUGAGGACAGGUUUGUCUUGGAGGCAGAGUUAUUUGUGGCCGUGCAAAGCUUCCUUCUGUCUCUGCGGGACCAGGGUGAGUCCCCCCCACCAGUGGUCUUCAGAGCCUCCAUCUAUCUGCUUGCAGUCUGCCAGGACAAAGAUGAUACUGUAGAUAAGGCUGCGGUCAGUGCCAUCAGAAAAUUCCUAGAGGACAUCUGGGACCUGCACCUAGUCUACACCCACCACCCCUCCCUGCUCAGGUUCUUCCUGCUGUAUCCAGAGCUGAUGAGUAGGUUUGGGCACCGUGUCCUGGAACUUUGGUUCUCCUGGGAAGAGAUAAGCUACGAGGAACUGGACAACGUCCCCUCCGCUGGGCAGUCCACCCUUCCUGCCAACUUGGCAGCCCUGUUCCUCAUCCUCAGAAGCAGCCCCAGCACCCUGCUCAUCUUGCUGGACCUCAUCUAUUCCAGCUCCGUAGACACAGCCUAUAAAGUAUUGAUAGCCCUAAGGACCUUUCUGAGGAGGAAUGAAGAUGUCCAAGUGGGUGGUCUCAUCCGAGGUCACUUCUUGCUGAUCCUACAGCAUCUGCUGGUGGAGUAUGGCCCUUCUGCCUCAGGAGCCUCGAUGAAUCUCCCCUUGCUGUUGAGCCUUCUCUCCUUGGUGCAGCUUAGAAGCGAGUCAGAGCAGGAACUGGACAGCAUGGCCAUGAAGCUCCUUCACCAGGUGACCAAGCUGUGCGGGAAAUGCAGCCCCACGGACAUGGAUAUCCUACAGCCCUCCUUCAACUUCCUGUACUGGAGCCUUCAUCAGACUACACCCAGCAGUCGGCAAAGAGCCGCUGCUGUGCUCAUGAGUAGCACAGCUCUGAUGGAGCUUCUGGAGAAGCUGCUGGCGCUCACCUGGGCCGAGACAGGCUCUCCGGGAACCGCGCUCCUCUGCUCUGCCUGGCUGCUCACCGCCUCUCUCUCCGCCCAGCAGCACAGUAGUGGUUUGCAGGUUCACCAGACACUGUCCGUGGAGCUGGACCAAGUACUGACUGUCCUCAGCUUCCCCAAGAAACAGGCUGCGCUGCUCUCAGCUGCCAUUGUACGCUUCCUGCGGACAGCCCUACAACAGGGCUUCUCCUCUGCCCUGGUGGCCCUGGUCCCCUCAGGAGCCCGGCCACCACCAGCGCCUGAGGACACCAUGCUCGCUCCAUUGGGAACAUCACAAGUGCUGUCCCUGGUCAUCGGACUGCAGAACCUCCUGGUGCAGAAGGACCCUCUGCUGUCCCAGUCCUGUGUUGGCUGCCUGGAAGCCUUGCUUGAUUACCUGCAUGCCCGGAGCCCAGAAGUCGCACUCCACGUGGCCUCCCAGCCCUGGAAUCGAUUUUUGCUGUUUACCCUCUUGGAUGCUGGAGAGAAUUCCUUCCUCAGACCUGAGGUCUUGAGGCUCAUGACCCUGUUUGUGCGCUUCCGGAGCAGCAACAUCCUGUCUCAUGAAGAAGUGGGUCAUGUUCUACAAGGCGUGGCUUUGGCAGACCUGUCUGCGCUCUCAAGCACCACACUCCGGGCUUUGCACGGCUUCUUCCUGCAGGUCCGGAGCAUGGGCCUCCUGGCCGAGCCCAGCACAGCCCAGACCCUGCAGGCAUCCUUGGAAGGCCUUUCUACCCAGGCUUCCUCAGCCCAGCCACACCUGCAGGACAUGCUCUGCCUGGGAGGGGUGGCCAUAUCCCUGUCCCACAUCAGAGACUGACCCCCAGGACUUGAAGGCCCAGAAAUGGAGAGAACUGAAGCCUGGAGACAAUGGCAGGGCACAGUUGUUGAAGAAAUGGAUGACAAGUACAGCCAUUCAGUUGUUGAAUUGUUCCACUGUUGCACUGUUGGAAUGGCAUCAGGAAAUAGAAAUACCCUCACAUGCCUGCGUGGGCUCUCCAAAACGUUUCACUCUAGUCUGGCCUCCGUUGGGUUGGUUCCCCAGCCAGUCGGACAGCCAACGCUUCAGCAAGGAGUGCUGGAUGGCCUCCUCAGGGGAAAGCGGGCAGGGUUAUGUUCUAACAGGAGGAGCACCAGCUGAGCGCUUCCCUUGUGCCCAGAGAGCAGCGGCCAGGCCGUCCUCAUCCCUGGCUGGGCGGGCAGGGAGAGGUCCUUGGGGAUGGGGACCGUGUGACCCAAGUUCUCCGAGAGGCACUUGACAAUUUCCAGGCAAGAAGCUGAGCCAGGUUAAACCCUUCUCAGUCUUCUAGCUCCGCGAAACCGUCCAGGCUUCAGCUCUUCCCUGGCUAACGGAGGUCCCUGUCUUCUCCCAGUUCCCGCCCCUCACGGCCCUCCUGCGCUGACAUUUCCCUACCCGCGUGUGCCGUUGCCUAGGCAGUGUCUCCGCUCCGCGACCCACGGGUUCCAAGCUCGGCCCGGCCUCCCGCCCCCCCGGCCAGCGAGACCCCAGAGGGCGAGGCCGUCCUCCCUCCUGGGGGGCGGCUGCAGCGACCCCGCACUAGGCGGGCUGCACCGCGCCCUAUCGCGAAGACACAAGCCCCCGGACACAGUCGAUGGGCUGGAGGGGCGAGCGCGGGCGCCCCGACUCUGCACCCGGUCUCUGCCAGUUCCUCGAAAAAGAUUAAAAACAAACGUGCUGGUCACGACCCACUGACUCGGUCUGGGAACUGCAGUUUCAAAACGGU